AAGUCAACGACCAUUAUUUUUUAAUGUUGGAUAAAACAAUAGUCCACAUUUUACUUCAUGUCCCUGUUUAUGAUGUCUGUUCAAAAAACUUCUGGAACACAUAAUUUGGAUUGGAUUGGAUUGGAUUGAUUUGUGGGAGGAGACCAAACAGCAACGUCAUCGGUCUCAUUGGAUUAGGGAAGGAUGGGGAAGGAAGUCGGCCGUGCCCUGUCAAAGGAACCAUCCUGGCAUUUGGCCAUUCAUAAUUUCACGGCGUUAAUGUGUUGGAGCAAAAUGCGAUUGGCACACUUGCACAUGUCUGUGUUUAAUGUGUAACUGCCAGAACUUUCAUUGUUGCAUGUCUAUUAGUUAUUGUUCAGUGCUUUAAUGAAUAGAAUAUUGUGCUGCACAGUUCACGAAUUUCAAGAUGGCAGAGUUUGAGAAGCAAUGUGCCUGCAUUAACUCUUGUGUGAAAUACACCAAAUGAUGUAGAAAGCCUAUGGUGAUGGGUGUUUAACAUACAUGGUGUCACGAAUUGUUCAUACAGUUUAAAAAUGGCCAGCUGGAAGUUAAACAUGACCAUCAUUCAGGACAUCCUUUGAAAUCUACUAACGAUGCUCAUGUCAGGAAUGUCAACAAAAUUGUGUGUGCUAAUUGAAGACUGACUGUCCAAGAGGUUGCAGAAGGAUGUGACAUUUCAGUUGGAUCAGGUCAUAAAAUCCUGACACAGCAUCUUGGAAUGCAUUGUGUUGCCACCAAGUUUGUCCCACGACUCGUGUGAAGAGCAGAAAGAACUUCAUCUUGCAGUCUGUGAAGAGCUUUUGGAUCGUGCAGUUUGUUGUUGCUGAGAAAAAUGCAUGGUAAGGACAUUUCUUUGAGCAAAGCAUUGUCAUGGAUUUUGCGCCAUGGUGCAGUUAAAGAAGGGCUAGCCAUUACUGAAGAUGGUUUUGUGGCAGUGGAGGAGAUUCUGAGCCAUAAAUCUUUUAGAAACUAUCAGUUAUCAGAUAUACAACGUGUCGUGGCAGAAAAUGAAAAGCAGAGAUUUGCAUUACGAACAGAUACUGAGACAGGGACACUUUACAUUAGAGCUAAUCAAGGUCAUUCAAUACAGGCCAUACAGAAGUUGGAUCUUGAUCCAAUACUAGAAUCUUCAAACACUCCUGUGGUUAUACAUGGAACAUACAAGAAGCACUGGGAAAAGAUUAAGCAUGAAGGUCUGAGUCGCAUGUCAAGAAUGCACAUUCAUUUUGCUCCUGGUGAGCCUGGCAAGGAAGGAGUUAUAAGUGGCAUGCGUAAAUCAGCUGAUUUGUAUAUCUACAUUGAUAUGCCAAAAGCUCUUGCAGAUGGUUUGAAAUUCUACAGAUCCUCAAAUAAUGUUAUACUGAGCCCAGGAAAUGACAGUGGGUUGAUACUACCAAAAUACUUCAAAAAGGUUACUGAUAAACACGGAAGAGAAUUAGAAGUGUGACUCAAUGAAUACAGUAAACAUGUAAAUAUUUGUCAGAUCUGUACAGACAGAGGAGAAAGGAGGGUGACUAAUUUCUGUAAAUAAAAAUGCACAUUAAUUGUUUCUAAAAAAUAAUUAUAUAUAUUUCUGUACAAAAUAUACACUGCAAACAAAA